AUGCUUCGUUCCAAAAUCACUUCCGUUUGCUCAUCACGACAAUUUAUUAAUUCCUUCGGCAAAUCCUCAUUAUUUCCAUCAUUAAACACAAAAUUACAUAAUUUCCAUUCCUUACAAAGUAACCGAAAAUCAAACUCAUCCGAUAUUGAUGCAAAAUCCAUCAUUAAAUCUAUUAAAGUCCCAGAAAUGGGUAAUGGUAUUAGAUCCGCAACCAUUUCCCGAUGGAAGAAACAUCCAGGUGAUGAAUGUGAUGGUUCUGAUGUGUUGGCUGAAUUGGAGAUGAAGAAUUCUGAUAUGAAAUUAUUGCUCGAGUUGAGACCACCUGUUAAGGGACAAGUGAGGGAACAUUUGAAGAAUGUUGGAGAUGAGGUGAUGGUUGGAGAGAAGAUUGCAACCAUGGAAACGUUGGAUAUUGAUGAGGAAAGUAGAUUGAGACAUGUUGUGGAGGAUGCUAUCAUUGAUGUUCAUGUUUUACCUAAAUAG